UCAGCAGCCAUUCAUUCCGUCAACCUAAUUUCGACGAAUAUUUAAUAAUAUUUUUCACUUUUAUAAGCCUAAUGUCCUGAUUGUGAAAUCCAGUUUGAGAUGCGUGCAUUUAAAGACACAAAACCCAAGUGUAGAAAGUAGCGGUGCCGCUCCUAGUGAACUCGAUAUCCAGAAUGAAAUAUGUCGUCGCUUUAUGGAUCAAUGUACAACAGAACAAAACGAAAGUGACUAGCUGACCGUGUUUUAGUGAAUUAUUUUAUUUAAGUUAUAUUAUAAAAAUGGCGCAGACCGUCAGACGUCCCCUGGAAGGGAGAUAUCCCUCCUGCUACCUUCCCAAUAGACUCAAAGAGAGAAAAGCGAAGGCGAGGGCACUCAGACAAGAACAACGAAAGCCGGAUAAGCCGGAGGACUUUGUGUGCUAUUCCGACAGUGACAGCGAGGAGGAGACGCCAGCUCAGCAACACAAGAUUCUGUCCACUUCAUACAACUUUGUGGACUAUGUACGCUCCCGGGAGAUACUUGCACCAGAGCCCCGGUCCGUGGACCCUGGGUACGCGACGCGUCACAUGCUGACGCACGACAUGUUCCGCGAGACGCCGGUGUCGCUCGGCAACAUCAACAAGGUGUUCUGCUCCCAGUGGCUCUCCGACAGGCAGGUGGUCUUCGGCACCAAGUGCAAUAAGCUGAUGGUGUACGACGUGCGGUCCCGGUCGCUGGACGCGAUCCCGACGCUGCGGCCGCGCGCGCCCUGGCCCGGCGCCGACAACCAGACCGGCAUACACGCGCUGCAGAUUAACCCAUCCAAAACUCUGCUGGCCACGGGAGCGCGCAACUCGUGCGAGCUGGCCAUCUACAGCCUGCCCACACUCGACCCUGUAUGUGUGGGAGAAGCGCAUAAAGAUUGGAUCCUGGACCUGUGCUGGCUGGACGACGAGUUCCUGGUGACGGGUUCCCGGGACUCGAAGCUGGCGCUGUGGCGCGCGCCGGCCGCGCCCCCCGCGCCGCCCGCCUCCCCGCACCACGCGUACGUCGCGCCGCUCGCCGUGAGGGAGUGUCGCGCUGGUCAGAAGGUCCGCGCGAUAACGUUCAAUAAGUCGUGGCGCGAGAUCGCGGCGCUGUCGCUCAACGGGUACAUCCACGUGUUCAGCGCCGACACGUUCCGACAGACGUUGUCCCGUAAGCUGCCCUCCUGUCAGGACCUCGUGUGUCUCGCUACACAGGAGAGCGGCAUAUACGCCAUCGGGUGCAAGUCGUACACGCUGCUGCUGGACUGCCGCACGCUGCAGCCCGUCAAGAAGGUGACGUCGCGCUACAACGGCUGCGGCGUGCGCUCCACCAGCUUCCGCGGCGACAUGCUCACCAUCGGCACGGGGCUAGGUUUACUAAUGUUCUACGAUCUCAGAGCUGGCAAAUAUUUGGAGAGCAACAUUCAUUCCUCGAAAACUGUUACACUCAGGGCUUCCAGAGGUUAUGUGUUCCCGGACGAGGAGGCGGACGGUUUCAACCAAGUGAAGUACGUGCCGGCGAUCUACACCCACUGCUACGACGACAGCGGCACGCGCAUCUUCGCCGCCGGCGGUCCGCUUCCCGCACCGCUCGUCGGCAACUACGCCGGCAUAUGGCAGUAACGAAGCGGCCAGAAGCAACGUGCGAAGUGUGUAGAAGCGGCCGGAAGCCAGUGAAGUUUGUUCUACAAACUUCGAAGUCGUAGAGUAAUUUUAAUAGAGCUAAGUUGGCUUCAACAAUCGAAGGUUAGAUUAUAUUAUAUUAUGUAUAUGAAUGGCUGAUUAAUAUUAUUC